GGCGUCGUGGCCUCAACCGCCCCGCCUUAGCUCCCGCGCUAGAGAGAAACAUGUAUCGUUUCCGAUCACAGCUCUUCACGGGGAUUUCUGCUGCCGCAACCGCCCACUCUUACCCCCGCCGCUUCUCGCCUCUGUUGUUAGCCGAAGACUCGUCUCUCAGCCGCCCGCCGCACAGACGCACGAGUAAAAAGUGCAGCUCCAUCGGCUGAUCCUAGCUAAACUCGGAGUUUAGGCGGCACCGGGCGUCCCACGAUGCCGAAGAAUAAGAAGCGGAACACGCCCCACCGCGGCGGCGGUGGCAGCAGCGGCGGCGGCUCAGGGGCAGCUGCAGCGGCGUGGCCAACAUCGAAAUGUCCAGCCUUUUAGUGAUGAGGAUGCAUCGAUUGAAACAAUGAGCCAUUGCAGUGGUUACAGCGAUCCUUCCAGUUUUGCCGAAGACGGACCAGAAGUCCUCGAUGAGGAAGGAACACAAGAAGACUUAGAGUACAAGUUGAAGGGAUUAAUUGACCUUACCCUGGAUAAGAGUGCGAAGACAAGGCAAGCAGCUCUUGAAGGUAUUAAAAAUGUGCUGGCUUCAAAAAUGCUUUAUGAAUUUAUUCUGGAAAGAAGAAUGACUUUAACUGACAGCAUUGAACGCUGCCUGAAAAAAGGGAAGAGUGAUGAGCAGCGAGCAGCAGCAGCUUUAGCGUCUGUGCUUUGUAUUCAGCUGGGCCCUGGAAUCGAAAGUGAAGAGAUUUUAAAAACUCUUGGACCCAUCCUAAAGAAGAUAAUCUGUGAUGGGACAGCCAGUAUCCAGGCUAGGCAAACUUGUUCAACAUGUUUCGGUGUUUGCUGUUUUAUUGCCACAGAUGACAUUACUGAGCUCUACUCAACUCUGGAAUGUCUGGAAAAUAUCUUCAGCAAGUCCUAUCUCAAAGACAAAGACACUAAUGUUGUUUGCAGCACCCCUAACACAGCACUUCACAUCAGCUCGCUUCUGGCGUGGACCUUGUUACUCACCAUAUGCCCAAUCAAUGAAGUGAAGAAAAAGCUUGAGAUGCAUUUCCAUAAACUUCCAAGCCUGCUCUCUUGUGAUGAUGUAAAUAUGAGAAUAGCUGCUGGCGAGUCUUUGGCACUUCUGUUUGAAUUGGCCAGAGGAAUGGAGAGUGACUUCUUUUAUGAAGAUAUGGAGUCUUUGACUCAGAUGCUUCGGGCUCUGGCUACAGAUGGAAAUAAGCACCGGGCCAAAGUGGACAAGAGAAAGCAGCGGUCGGUGUUCCGAGAUGUCCUGAGGGCAGUAGAGGAACGGGAUUUUCCAACAGAAACUGUUAAAUUUGGUCCUGAACGCAUGUAUAUUGAUUGCUGGGUCAAAAAACACACCUAUGACACCUUUAAGGAGGUCCUAGGAUCAGGCAUGCAGUACCACCUGCAGUCAAAUGAAUUCCUUCGCAAUGUAUUUGAACUCGGGCCUCCAGUGAUGCUUGAUGCUGCAACACUCAAAACAAUGAAGAUUUCUCGUUUUGAAAGGCAUUUGUAUAACUCUGCAGCCUUCAAAGCGCGAACAAAAGCACGAAGCAAAUGUCGAGAUAAGAGAGCAGAUGUUGGAGAAUUCUUCUGAUUUUCAUCACUUGAAGACUAUUUUCUAACUGGUUUUUUUUUUUUUUUUUUGCAAUUUCUAAUGUAUUUAAACUAGAGACAGUUUUUAAUCUUGAGUCAAUUUAGAUAACUUUUGUAGUAAGGGUUAUAUUAUAAUUUAAUGUACAGUAUUGCAAAUGGUGAGUUCUGAUUAUUGAAUAUUCUUUGUAAAUACAAUCAAUAAACAUAAAUAAAGUGCUUCUAA